UAGCAUUGCCCUGAUAUAAUUAGCUUUGCAGGCUUCCAUAAGACUCUAUAAGGUAAACAGGAUGUGUCAUUUCGUAACACUCUCUUUAUGCGUUUGCUAUAUCUGGAUUUACGUUCUAGGUUUGGUAGUUGGGUCAUAUUGUUCAUGUACAUGUUAACAAGUCAUCUCCCGCAUUGCUGGACCCACCUUAAUAGAUUAUAGUCCAAUAAUCUAAAAGGCGGUAUGUGAGGGGAAGGCUUAGCUCGUUUCCUCUUUCACCUUGUGUUACCAUUUUGGACCUUUACUGAUUUUCUGUACCACGAUAUAUGCUGAUGAAGGGUUAGCAGCUUUCUUGUGCGUUUGCUGAUAGAAUUUUGUGUGAACUUGUAUAGCAUGGACUAUUUAAAGAGUAAAAUUUAUCUCAAAUGCUUAAUCUAACUUGGGAUUUUUUUUUGGGUUCCUGCAUUCUAACACCUUUAAUCAUAGCUGUUAACACUGGUUGUCGUGAUUCCAACUCACUGAGGUCCAAGAGGUCUUUGUUCGAGUCCUAUGUACCCAUUCCACCUUACCUGUCAAACGUAGUAUUGUAUUGCUGAAUUUGAUGAUUUGGGCUUUAGUAAAACCAAAAUACAUGAAAGAAGAUACUUGAUUGUGGUUCUCUCAUAUCCUGAACUGUAUGGUCUAGUUAUUAACGUCAAGUUACUGUUUCUUUCUCGAUGUUGAGAAAUUGUAAGCAGUUCCAUGUUACAUACCCUUUAUUUGAAGUUUUCUCAAUGUGUAGAAGUUUUUACACUCUGUCGUCAAUGGAAGAAUCAGAGAAAGAAUCAAUAAAAAUGGCAUCAGUGGAGGUUUCUCAAGAGUUCAAGACCCUCGUUAAUGCAGAUGAUGUUGAUUCCCUCAAGCAAAUACAGCACCUCAUUUUGGGAAGGCUACAGGACAGCAAUGCAGUGCUCUCACAUUUUAAUGAGUACUCUGAGAAUUGCUUUAACGAGGUAUCAGGUGAUUUCUCCAAAAAUACCCGUCUCUUGAGGUCCAUGAAGUCGGACCUUGACUACAUCUUUCAGAAGCUAAGGAGUAUGAAGGCAAAGCUUCUGGCCACAUAUCCCGAUGCAUUUUCGGACGACUCUAAGGGGGGAAUAGUUGAUUGUAGACCAGACCUCGAGCUAUCGCAGUAAUUAUGUUUAUCUCAUGGAACAAGUUCGUAUUUUCUUUUGGAGAAGAAAAGCGGAAGAAAAGCUUAUUGAUGCUUUGAUCGUCUUCAAGUCAAUGUAUCUAUUUCCAUUCUUUCUUUUCUCGGGUGCUCUUCUGCAGGUGAAUUAAUAUGGCAAGAUCCGUGUGAGAGCAUCCUCUUUGUUAGUGGUCUAUUCAUGAAAAACUGCUAACUCAGAGACCAAAUGCCAUUGUAGCUGCUUCAUCAAUGUUAUAUGGAAUGGUUACCAGUUUGGCUUCAGGGUU